AUGAUCAAGUGGUACGCAGCGUUCGGCCUAUAUUUUCAUCAGGAGCAGGUCGAUUAUCGCGUCGGAGAACUUGUGAUGAACCACACCCAAGGGAAAGCAAAGGACUGGUUUCUCCGGGAAUAUCACGGUGAACAGCGCUGGAGCCACAUCGUCCGCAAGAUGAAGCAACGAUUCGUGACACGCUCCCACCAAGAAGAUUUGGUGGCUCAAUUCUUUACACGCACGGCAGGCGUCUCUGAGUAUAUCAAGAUACUUCGAUACAAACAGGGACUAUCGUCUGUGCAACUGCUGCAUCUUCUCAAGACGAAGUCGUUCGACACGCUCGACGAGCUAAUUGAAGCCUCGUGCACGCUGAACCCACGCGAAGUCGCUCGAUCGAAUGAUAAAAGCAGCAAAAGCAGCAAGUCCUUCCCUCCAAAGCAGGAUAAGAAGAUGGACGCAGCAAAGUGCACGUCGUCGUGGUGCACGGAGAAGGGGCAUACUAAAGAGCGCUGCUGGAUGCUACACCCCGAGCUGAAACCGAAAUGGCUGAAAGACAACAACAAGAACAAGGGCAAAGGUGCUGCGGCUGUAUCCAAAACAAAAAAAAAGAAGCUGUGGUCUGUUCUCAGCAUGAUCCAGAGCGACAUUGCGAAGCUCAAGGGGGAUUUAGCCCCUUGUAGCUGCGAGAAUUGGGUCUUUGACCCUGGUACGGCGGUUAAUUCGCUCUACUUCCAGCGGCGUACCGAGGAGAAGCCGCUACCAGCAACGGGAGUUUCAAUGGAGUAUGUGGAGAAAAUGAACUGGGGUCAGUACGUAAAAGACUUGGGGUCGAUGGAGCUGACCUACGCAAACGGCAAGACGGAAUCGAUCAGAAAUCAAACGAUCAAGCUGACAGUCUUCGUCGACAAUAUCCCAGGUUAUACAGCGGACUUCCAGCUCUGUCACAUUCCUAACCAGUGCGAAUUGAUGCUGGGCGUACCCUGGAAGCGCACGCGGAAUCCUGUUAUCGACUGGGAGACAGAUCGCGUGUAUACAAAGGAGGAGUUCGUCAAAGAAGCCCAUCACCGAAGAGCGAGCACGUGGGUAGAAGCUAUCACUACUGCAUGUAAUUCGGGAUGA